GACAAAAUUUAUUCCUUUACUCAAAGCAUAUCCAGGGAAGGCUCAGUUCGAUUGUACUUGGUACUUUCAUUUAAAUCGUGCUAGAACAGCACAAUGGAUUAUUGGCGAAUAGCUGUAAAACAUCCCUAUCUAUCUUGGCAGAAUUAAGUUCCUUAAUGCCAGUUUACAAAGAAAUGGAGAGUAAUACCAACAUUGAUGUAAAAAAUCUUACUAAGGCGGAUAUGUUUAAGGAAGUGGCGGGUUCGAAUCCCACAGUAACCCUAUAUGUAUUCUUUGUGAUGUUCUUCUCUGUAUUGUGCUAUCUGUUCUUCUAUUUGAUAAAGGUUUAUAAGCUGUAAAUGAGCACACAAACCUGCAAAUGUAUGUUAUACCAAUAAAGAAAGAAAUAAACAAGUGAAAAGUGUAAACACAAUAUUUUCUUUCUGCAUUUCAUCUAUAGUUAUAUUUGUGCUGCGUAUCAUUUGGUUUUAUUUUUACUUUUCGUCUGCUAUUACUUCUAUUGUGCUUUCUUGUCAUUUAAGUCAUGUUGAAUACUGAGCUUGAAACAUUAAAAAACUAAUAAACUCAACAUGCAAAGACUACAAAAACAAUAAAAACUUUUAUGGUGAUUCAAAUUGUAUCAACUAAAUAAGAUUGUAAGAGAAACAAGUCCGAGCCUCUAUAAGAAAAAAGAUGACAUCAGAAAGUCAGCAGGUGUUUCUUUCGAAAGCAGAGAAAGAUAUUUUAAACAAUAAAAUUGUUUCUCUUGAAAAAACAGUGAAGGAACUUUCAAGCACAAACGAGGCAUUGAAUGAUAGCAACAAGAAUCUAAGAGAUCUGAACACAAGACUAAUGAAAAGUAUUCGGGAAUUCGCUCAGACAACUGCUAACCUCAUAACUACUGUUAAUGGAAAAGAAAUAUCAUUGGUGAAAAAAAAUGAUGCCAUCACAAAGUUAAAAGAAGAAUUGAAAUUAUGUAAAGAAAAAGAAAAAAUAAUUUCAGAAGAAAGCACACAUCUAUCAGAUAAAGUAACUAAGCUCGAAAAGCGUGUGAUUGAAAUUAAUUGUCUAAAAAGAAAAGCUCAUGACUAUGAAAUGAGGGUGAACAAUUUGAAUGAAAAAAUAGUCAAACUAAAUAAAGAAAUAGAAAUAAUUAAAGAACAUUCUAAGAUCCUAAACCAAUUGAAUUUAAGAAGAUUUUUUGACGAAAUAGAUAAGAAAAUUCCUCAACACAAAACGAAAAUUGCAAAAGCCGAUAGAUGGAUAAUUUUUUUUAAAGAAAAACAAGACAUGCUUAAAGAUUCAAACUUUUCAGGAGACUUGACUGAAACUAUUACAGACAUAUUCUCUAAACUUAAUAAUAAAAUUCAUUCUGAAUUAACAGACUCUGAACAAAUUGACUGUUCUAAAUUAUCCUUUAACAGAAAUGAAAAAAAUUUCAUGAAAACGGUUAUCAAAAUAUUCCCGUUUCGAAAGCAUCAAUUUAUACUGUAAAAAUGUUUAUGUGAUAUACUGUAAAAAUGUAUAAGUAAUAUUUUUAUGAAUGUAUUGAUUGAAUUUUAAUGAUUUUAAACAUUUUAAACAUUUGAUUUUAAACAUUUAAAUCUAAUGAAAAUUCCUUUUUUAAUGGUCAUCACUGUUAUCAUGUAUGGUCAUCAUUGUAAUUCUUGGACUUAAUUUCCAUUUGUUUUUAAACCCAUAUAUUCAAGUGAAGGAUUUUUUAACUCUUUUGCUUUGUUUAGGAUAAAAUUAAAUUUAUCCCAGUUAAAAAGAGUUAAUUUAUUAACUCAAUUUUAUUUUUAAUUAUUUAACAUAAAUUUUAGCUAUGUAUUCUGCUUUUUUAUCUUUGAGGUUAAAUUUUAUUGUCAAUCAUUGAGUGCUGUUUCAGUGUUUUUCAUAUUUUCAUUGAAAACUGGUAUUAUUUCUUCUUAAUUCCUCAUUAUCAUUGUAGUAAUCACUUGUGUAAAUAUUGUUCUUUUUUUUAAUUGCACUUGUUUGAAACCCUUGUCUAGGAAAUAUCUCUAUAGAGUUAUAUGAUUUUAAUAGCACUGAAAUGAAUUGAUCUGUAUAUAUUGUACAGUAUGAAUAUUGUAUAUUCCUAUUGUGAGUAUUGUUUACUGUCUAGCAUUGUAGUUUUGGACUGAAAGCUAAUUCCACCCAAUCUUAAAAAUAUAUGCAUCAAAAUUUUUAAGAUACUGUGCUAGAAUAUAUUCAUGAAAACAAAUUAAUAUUUACUGAGUCAUUGUUUUUGUUAGUAUUAAGAAAACAAUUUUGAAACGAUGUGUAAAGUUUGAAAAAUAUCAAUUCUUUAGUUUAAAAACAUUCCACUAUUAUCCAUUCAUUUUAUGCUGUUCUUUUAAACCAAAAAAUUAUAUCCUUAAAGUUUUUAAACUAUCAAUGACACACAUCUUAAAACAAUUUUUCUAUGUAAAAUCUGUUUUAACAGUUCUAGUUUAUUGGGUGUUUAUGAAAGCUUUAAUAGAAAAUUAAAUAAUAGCUCAUAUACAGUGUUUUCAGCACAAACAGGAGCCUAAGCAUAUGCUAUCCAUUUAAUUCCCUGCUUCAGAAAACGUUAUCCAUACAAAAAUUAAGAUCGGUUUCUUUCAUAAAAAUUUCAAUUAACUCAAAAUUAUUUCUCAAAGUAAUCGUUUAUUUGAAAUUGUCCGGAAGUAAUAAUGUCAAAAUUAAAGUUUACUGUAAAGUUCAAUAUAAUGAAGUUUGACUCUAUAUUCAUGUAAAAAAUAUUAUUAUUAUUCCCCCAAUGCCAAUCAUGUUUUAUAACAUUUUAAGUUGUAUUCCUGAUCAAGUAUAUGUUUUUUAUGUUUGUUGUGAUAAAAAGGGGGAUAAACCCUUCAAUUAUUUGAUUUUAACAUGUAUGUUGUCUAUUUUCAAUUAUAAAGUAUUUUAACAUAAUUGUUUUAUUUUCGAAUGACGCUGAUCUAUUGAUCUGGGAAAAUUUGUGAAUUGAUCUGUGUUAUGCAAAGUUAAUUUGCGUUAAGGCAUUCCAUACAUUUGUAUGCAGAUGAUAGACUAACUUCGUUGGUUUGUAUAAUAAUAAUUAUCUGCAAAUUCUUGUAAUAAAGGCUGUAAUGUGUUUGUGACAAUUGAA